AUGAAGGUCAGAUACCUUCGUGCAUUUGUCCUCCUUCACGUGCUGUCUGCCAUGUGUAAUAGCGCUUUGGGAGGCAUUGGGUCACAGGCCGCGGCACCUGGUGCUCACGCGCUCGAUCGCGAGACGGCGACGAGGCUACUGAAGACCCAUGUUGACUUCUUGAACGAGCAAGAAGAUCGAGGAUGGAAGACACUUGACAUCAUGGGUAUCGUCAACGGGUUUGCUCGUGAUGAGGCGCUUAAGGUCUGUCGAGCAACCUCAGCCAGCUCGGCCUUCAUCGCUCCCCCGGAAGGUGGAUUCGUCCAUGGUCAGUAUUAUCUGAAUUCUAAUAGGAUCGUUGCUAAUCUGGAGAACCUAGUUUCUGUGGCUUAUGACCUUUUAUUACAUCACCCGCUCGAGCUGAAGAAUCAGGCGCAGGUUAGCCAAAUUUUCCAACAGAUGCACAGUCUGAACCCGGCCCAAGUGACAUUUGUGUUUCAAGCUGCGAAGAAGCUAACAGAGGCGAGUGCGUCCGUGGAAAAGAUUGAAAAGGCUUUUCGAAAUACGUUUCCACUAGCGACCCUGAAUCCUGAGAGCGCAAUAUACUACACCCUUUUAGCUGCUCACGUUGGCGAUCCCUUCAUCAUCGAAACCCGCAAGAUCAAGGUGCAGCAACUCGAGCAAAUUUCGCGUGAGAUGUUCUCCACCUCCGCUCUCCCAUCGAAAGAGUCGCUACCCUUCCUUCGUAUCAUGGAGCAGCUCAAGCAUUUACCUUUCUUUGAUGCGGUGGUUGUGGUUCAAGCUGCAAAGAAGACAUACGAAACGAAUACACUAGCUGAGAGGGCUAAAGAACAAUUGUUCGGGUACGGCAUCCGACAGAGAAUUGAUCCAUCUUCGAUCAGGCGGGUCUACACAAGUACAAUAACUCCACCCAACUCGGCCAAAUACAAUAGCUAUGUCGUAGAAUUUGUUGAGGACUACGCAAAGGCGUACAUUUAG